AUGGAUCAAGCCGAAGAAUUCCUCAACAUCUACCGCACUCGCAUGGUCCCACACUUUCCCUUCAUACCUAUCCACGUGAAUGUGACGGCGCGGGAACUCCACUCCCAAAAGAGAUUUCUUUUCUGGUGCAUCAUGCAGGCUCUCAUUCCUCAGGAAGCCCCUGUCCAGAAGGCGGUAGAUGACUGGAUCAGGCACCAUGCAGCAGUGCAUAUUAUCGUGAACAGGGAGAGGAAGCUUGAGCUGCUGCAGGGCCUGUUGAUCUACAUUGCCUGCUAUGCUUGGGGUGACAUCCACAUCCACUUGGGCAUGAGUGCCAACGGUCUUCUACAACUUGCCAUAGGCAUGGUCUCAGACAUGAGCAUCAACACUCUUGCUGGGCCACUAGCCUGGAUGCCCAAGACCAUGUUAUCGGAUGCAUGGGCUGUUAUCAGCAAAGGAAAACACUUCGAAACCCCAAAACAGACUCUCGAAGAGCAGAGAGCGGUCUUGGGAGGCUAUUUCAUUGCAUCUAGCGUGGCCAUGUCAAUGCGAAGAAGCCCCCAAGUACAAUGGUCAGCAUAUAUGGCGCGAUGUUGCAGAACUAUCCGCGAAGCAGGGGAGUUCGCAACAGACUCGAGCUUAAUUGCCUUCGUCCGCAUGCAACACAUAACCGAUCGUCUCAGAUCUUUGUUCCCUAUCUAUGACAGAGACGAGGACACGCCUGCCCCAUUCUUUAAGGAGCACUACAGCGCAAUAUUCUCGUCCGUACGGAAGGAGAUGGAGGACCUUCAGAAAGAGGAGCCUGCUAUAAACAAAGAUAAUCCGCUUGUUUGGUGUCACUAUUUGACCCUCGCAGUCAGACUCUACGAGCCUGCACUGGGUAUGCGGCCAAUGAGCCCAGCAGAUACAGCGUCGCCGACCGAGCCGUAUAGCCGAACUGACGCCCUCUGGAAAUGCCUUGAAUGUGUUCAGGCCGCCAUGGAUGCUUUAAUGUCCAUACCCGCAGAGAUAUAUGCAUACCUGCCCUUCACCCUGGUCUCCAGUACCGCCUUCGUAAUGAUGGCAGCGAACCGGCUUCUUUUGGAAGACGGCAGCCCCGACUGGGACGUUACUAUCGCUCGGCAAAAGAUUCCACACGCGGAAAACGCACAACGAAUGGCGGACAGAUUUGAAGAGGCGGAUAACGUUGCCCUCGUUGUCGGCCAGAAGAGGCGUCUGUUCGAAGACCAGACGUCUAGAUGGGCGAAUUACGCCUACCGUGCGCGAUGGAUGAAGAACUGGUACUUGAGCAAAGUGUCUCCUCCACAGCGGGAACCGUCUGCCGAACAACAACCCAACAACGCGGAGGGUUCAGCGAACGACCCGAGCAUGUCUUGGGUGGAUGAUGUCACCAUGGACAAGAUGUUUUGGGGACAGAUGAUUGUGGAUGGAUUUGGUCAGAUGCCUUAUGAUUUCCAGUUUGGCAACGACUCGAUGCAGACCUUGCAGGGCAUCAUGUGGCAGGAUGGGAUGAGCACGACUGAGACGAUGGCCAUAGCGAACAUGAUACCCCAGUAG